UCUAAUCUUCCGCAGUCAGUCAGUCAGUCAUAGUUCGUGUCAAGUGAAGCAGGUCAAUAACACCGGCUGGUUCGGCUCAUCAGUUUCCAUCGUCAUCUAACUGAUUGAAACUACACAAAAACCGAAUAUGAAUAUGAAAACAUCUGUGAUCGCAGUACUCGUCACACUUCUCGCUCAGAGAAUCCACACCGAUGGUGCUAACAUUUUGCUAGUUUCUUCAUUCCCUGGCAUGAGCCACUGGCUAAUGUUCGAGCACAUUGUGAAUGAACUGCUCGAACGAGGUCACGAGAUCACUGCCAUCACAAACUAUCGCCUGAAGAACUCGAACUACAGCGAUCGUUACCGGGAGGUACUGAUCAAUCCAAUGUUUGAUUUCGAAGGGGAUCUACCGAUGGAAUCGUACUAUCGCUCAACGGAGUUUAGUAGCCCAUUUUUCAAGCUGAAAAUACUUUGGUGGCUAGGGUUGGCUACAACGGCGCAUACUUUCGAAACGGAAAAUGUGCAGCAAUUUUUGCGAGAGGAAGGCCUAAGAUACGAUCUGGUUAUUGCUGAACAGUUUGUUCAGGAGGCUUUUCUUAUGUUUGGAUACAAGUAUAGUGCUCCGAUUGUAACAAUAAAUACACUGGGGUACACGGACUACAUUGAUCGAUCGUUUGGAAUGAUAACUCCAUUAUCGUUUGUGCCACAUUUUUUCACCCAACUCACUGAUGAAAUGAACUUUGUAGAACGAUGCUACAAUGUGAUAGUAACGACGUACGAUUGGGCUUAUCGGAAGUUUAUUUAUUUACCUGAACAGAAUACGAUGGCUCGGAAAUAUUUUGCAAAUACUGAAAGUUUAGCAGUAUCCAUGCCAACACUGGAGGAGUUGGAUACGAAUGUCAGUGUGAUCCUAACCAACAGCCAUAUCAUGUCGUUCAGACCGAGACCUAAAAUGAUCGGAAUGGUUGAUAUAGCAGGCGUCCACAUUAGGCCGGCGAAGGAGUUACCGCAGGAUGUUAAGCAUUUCCUGGACAGCUCACCUUCCGGAGCAAUCUACAUCAAUUUCGGGACGUUCUUAAGAAGCUCCGCCAUGCCCGCUGAAACUCUACGUAUUUUUCUGCAGGUAUUUCGAAAUCUGCCCCAGUACCGCUUUCUCUGGAAAUGGGAAAGUGACAAUGUGCCCGAACUACCGCAUAAUGUUCUCGCUCGGAAAUGGUUACCUCAAAAUGACAUCCUUGCCCAUCCCGCGGUGAAAUUAUUUGUCACUCACGGAGGCAUCUUCGGGUCGCAAGAGUCGAUCUAUUGGGGCCGACCAAUGCUGUUUGCUCCGUUCUACGGUGAUCAACACUCCAAUGCCCUCAAGUUCCAAAGCGCCGGCGUUGGUCUUACAAUGAAGAUUAGCAACGUGACUGUCGAGGAGUUUCAAGGGAAAAUUGAACACAUUGUGAAGGACCCUGGUUUCCAGUGGAAUGCGAACCGUCUGUCGGUACUAUUUCGGGAUAAUCCAAAAGAUCCGCUUGAAGAGUCGGUGUUUUGGAUCGAGUAUGUAAUACGCCACCGAGGAGCUCAUCAUUUGAAAUCAGCAGCCAUCAGACUACCAUGGUACCAGUAUUUGCUGUUGGAUGUUGCGGCCGGAGUAAUUGGGAUUCUGUAUAUGAUAUAUAGGCUCACGACUAAACUUAUAAAAAUGAUGUGUCGGACCACAGAAGUCACCUGCAAGAAGAAGACGAAAUCAAAAAAGCAAUGAAUAAGUUUUCUUAAUACGAAAAUGUGUAGUCCCUACUGUUUUAGCAGUGAAUAAUCCUGUUCUCCUGAUUUUCAACAGAACAUCACUGGUGCUACAAACAACCCUUCCCAUCCGGGUCACGAACAUAUUAUGACUGGCGCAUAAGAACAACGACUCACGAAACCAUUGUGAUCAAAAUAAAACCUUUUAAAAUUAAUA